AUGCUCUCUCUCAAUACGACGAAGUACUCGCCGCCCUCGGGGUACCAGGUUUCAGACCUGCCAAAACCGGUGCUUGACGACCGCAAUGAUGUGAUCAUCAAGGUUCACACCGCCAGCAUUAAUCCUAUUGAUGUUAAAAAGGCGAGCGGUAUUUUGAAAAUGGGGCUCAAGGACAAGUUUCCAUACAAGAUUGGCUAUGAUUGUGCCGGUAUUGUGGCAGAGGUCGGCGCUGGCGUGAGUCAUCUCAACGUCGGCGAUGAGGUGUACACUCGGCUCCCAGAGGCUUCUCGAGGCUCAUGCAGCGAGUUUGCGAAAUGCCCAGAGCAAUAUGUUGCUCUAAAGCCGCCUUCCCUUUCAUUUGUUGAUGCUGCCUCUAUUCCACUGGCGGCAAUGACAGCUCUCCAAGCGCUAAGAAGAUACAAUGGUGAUCUCACAGGGAAAACUGUAUUUGUACCUGCUGGUUUGAGUGGAACGGGCUUAUUUGCUUGUCAGUUGGCCAAGCACGCAUUUAAAGCUGGUAAAGUGAUCACGACAGUGUCGACUUCCAAGAUCCCCAAGGUGAAAGAGCUCUUGGGGGAGGGUACUGUGGAUGAGAUUAUUGACUACACCAAAGUCAAUCCCAAAAAUGCUAUCCAACCCGGCACAAUUGACUUCCUGUUUGAUACAGUUGGAUCCUCCAUGCCGUAUCUGAGCUUGAUGCGACCUAACACAAGUUGUAUUAUUUCUGUUUCAACCACUCCAUCAGGUGAUCAGCUUCAGGCCUCUUCUUUAAUGCAACUACCCCACCGGCCAGUCCUUCCGCUGCCAAUGCGGCUUGCCCUGAACCUGAUGGACAAUGUCCGGAAGCUUCGGGCAUGGCGCUAUGGUGUUACCUACUCAUACAUGUUUCUUGAAUCGAGCGGCAAAGACUUGGAUCAGCUGAGGGAGCUCGUUGAAUCUGGUAAGCUGAGGACGGUUGUGGGGACGACCGCCAACCUGAGGGACAUUAAAGCUGUCCAGGAUCUGUGCCAGGUCGUUUACAGUGGCCGCGGUGGCCUUGGGAAAGCAGUUAUCAAAGUUGUUGAGGAGUAG